AGGACAGAGAGGAGAGUGACGUCAACUCCAGAGAGAGGAGUGGUUGCUAUGGUAACGGAGAUGGCCGGCACACAGCUCGGAGGCGCCUCCUUCCGGCCACGCCAACAGGUCGUAAGCCGUCCUUCAACAUCCACUGUCUGAGCAGACAGGGGAGUUCAGAUGAUCUCCCACCCCCUGGGACCUACCACCACCCCUCCUCCCCCCGUAGGACACACACUCAGUCUGGGGGUUAUGAGUCUCGUUCCGUGCUGGGCUCCUCCUGGGCUCACCCCUGCCCGACGCGCGGGCGCCUCCUCUACGCUCCUCUCAUCCUGGUCGAGGAGGACAGCAACUCCUCCUGGGGAGGAGAGAUGAAGAAAGGAGGCCGGGAAGGAGGAGGUGAGGAGAGGGAGGCCGGUCUAGCAGGGCGUCACCCUCCUCUGCAGAGGGUCAAGUCCUCCGAUGGGGUCAGUGUGACUGGUGUUCCCUCCAGAGUGGGCUGGUACAGUGGUGGUCCUGGGAUGGCAGCAGAGCAGGGCUCCCCCUACAGGGCCUACAGCUCCCUGCGGGUCCCAGGCCAGCUGGGUCCCCACGGCGGUCAGAAGAGAGGCUCUGCAGACAGUCUGGUGGAGGCUGUGCUGGUCUCGGAGGGUCUGGGUCUUUACGCCAGAGAUCCGAAGUUCGUGGCGUUCGCCAAGCGUGAGAUCGCGGACGCGUGUCACAUGACGGUGGAGGAGAUGGAGUCGGCGGCAAGCGACCUGCUCAGCAGAGGAAGCUGCAGGGGCGGGACAGGAAGCAGCAUCAUCAGCCACGCCGACAUGUCCCUCUACAGCGACGAGGAGCCAAUCAGAGCUGGCCGGGAGGAGGAGGCGGAGCUGGCCGACGAGAUGGCCUGUGGUGACCUCACUUCUAGGGGCGGGGCCAUGGAGGGCGGGGCCGUGGAGGGGCGGAGCCACGGACGCUGACAUGUUGUUGUGGACAACACAUGGGAAGGAAUGCUGAAUACCCAGCAGGCAUCAGGGCACAGAUCGGUGUCUGGGACUCUAGCGCCACCAUGGCAGCGAUACGACAAGACUCUUAAAGUCAGCAACAGACACUGACACCUCCUCUCUCUCCUCUCCUCUCCCUCUCCUCUCCUCUCCUCUC